ACAGGCACCUGUCACAGCCUCUGGCAAGAACUUUCUGUUGGUUCAACCAGCUGGUUCAAGUCCCGAAAGGCUUUAACGAUGACUCUGUCGCUGCGCACCGUCCUGCUCAUCUCUGCCGCGCUCUGCGUGCUCAUAGAGGAAGGCUCCGGAGCACCCCUCUCUCAAACGCCAGGCUCUUCUUCGGUGGCCAAGAGGGUCCGCACCAAGCGCUGCUCCUGCAGUAACUGGAUGGAUAAGGAGUGCAUCUACUUCUGCCACUUGGAUAUUAUCUGGGUCAACACGCCUAGUAAGAUCACCCCAUAUGGUCUCGGAAGUCCCCUGUCUCGUCGCCGGCGCUCUGCUGCCCGUUGCCAGUGCGCCAACCCCAGUGAUGCGACCUGCUCCAGUUUCUGCUACACCAGCUCCAUGGACCCAAGCCUGGUGGUGGUGAGUCCUCUUGAUCGUGAGGUGGACAAGGCUGGCAAAGACCUGCUCACAUAUUUCAGGCAGGUGGCCAAGGCUAACCUAAUUGCUGCCGAGCAUUCUGCUCCACCCAGAAAGAAACCGUUCCAGACCAACAAAUCUCGGAUCAGUUAGAGGAGGAUGCAGAUCAGGAAGACGCGCGAGCAUCUGAUCAAACAACCUGCCCAGAAGGAAGCAACUAUCUCUGAGAUCAAGGCUGCUGGUCUUGACAAGACCCUAGAAAUGGAGAUUCCUCCAAGGGAAGGUGAUGCUGAGUCCUCGCAGAAGAACCUGAAGAACCGAGGACGACUCUUUCUCAUUCUCUCUAGAAGCGACUGGAACUAAGACCUUAGAGAACUUCAGCACAGAACUGCCACCAGGUUAUGAAUGGCUUAAAGAGUCCAUACAAAGGUGCCUUGUUGUUCCACUAAGGGAGGAACCUCUGCACACCUGGCGGCCUUUCGAAAGCAAGGAAUUAAAAUGCUAAUCCUAAAAGGACACACUGGAGUCGCCAGUUUAACAUUAUCAAAUACGAACUGUAAAUGUUAGCUUUAUAAACAAAGCGCCUGUUCCUGGUUAAGGGCUUAGAGAGAUACUGCUGUGUUAUUGUGUUAUUAUGAGUUAAAAUGUAACCUUACACUCGUCCACCCUGUUACUGCCACUUACUACCUUUGUACUCGCUCUUCUUCUGAUUCACUCGCAAUAAGUCGUAGUUUCUCUGUAUCAGAGCUUAACGUGGUUUCAUUUCGUUUGGAAAUGCAAAUUACCUCCAUGCUGGAAUGCUGUAGGAAUUGCACAUGCUCAAAACAUUCCUAAACACUGAAACUUUCCCUCCCUAAUCUGCGAUAACGGCGUGCAAAGGUUGCCGACGCUUAUCUCCGCUGGGCUGCUUUAUGGCUCUUAUUAACCACUUUAUGAAAGGGCACUACUUUGAAGAAAACAUCCUGGAAGGUUUUUUUCUGUUUUUUCUCUCCUCCAGUUCUCUUUUCAUGACUGUUCUUUUCCUUUUGUUUUCUUCCCUGGCCUCUUUUGUGAAGGCGGAAGUAUUUAUUGCAUAGUUACUGUGGCCUGUUUUGAUUUUUCCAAAUGAGUUUCAAUGCCUCGACGCUUGCCAGAAAAACGGAGCGAUUGUUUUUUCCUACGAUAGAAAGAGGCCGUGUAAUUACCCAUUAUGGGGACGGACAGCGCAUUUGUGUGGAAUGUGCUCGACGGGAGGCCUUUUCAAUGAAGCAGCUUGUUCUAAUGUCUCUGUAUGUUUAUGUCAUGUUUAUUUACCUGCAGUCGUCCAGGCUCAUACCUGCAGCUAUCGUUUCACCUCUGCUGUUGAGCGAAAGGCCGUUCGAGGCCUCCAGCUCAAUCACAGAUACUUGAAUGUUUAGUUUUACACUGUAUGACAGCAUUUGUGUCAGAUUAUUUAUUUAAUUUAUUGAGUAUUUAUAUUUGACUUUGUUUUGUACCUCAUCUGCAAAGAGAAAAUGUUUGUGUUCUAUCAUAAAUAAAUUAUUAUUGUUGAUG